AUGAUGCUUAUCGACAGACUGCUCGGGCAAGAGCAUGCUCACAUGAGACGUCUGCAAGAGCUGCCACUAGCAAGAUGGGCAGUCUAUCUGCUGCUCGUGGUCAUCAUACUGCGCACGCUAGCCUGGCUGGUCGCAAUCUACGCCGUCAAAGGUCUCAGCAUCCGCCGAACGGGUCUGCUCAGUUGGCGCAACAUCGUCUAUAAGCUACCCAGCACGACGCCUGGCGCUCCUGCCCGUGCAGAGAUCCGCAUCAGACGCCUCGGGCUAGCGAUAGGCAAGUCAGAUUUGCGAGGCAGCUAUCUGAGGUGGUUUGGUCUGCGAGCCGACGACGUGCUCGUCAUCUUGCCCCGGCCAGAAGCCCAGCACAACUCUCGGCCUACCGCCAAUGGUACGAGCACAAGCCCAGCACGGAGAUCGAGUACGGAGGACAUCGUUGAGGAGCUCUCCACGACGACGCAAAGUCAGGAUGCGCACAAGAAGCGCAAGUCACAUUCGCUGCUCGUCGGCCUGCUGUCCAAUACAGGCAGUCUCCUCGGACAGAUCCUAGCCUUACUCGUCAGCUUGCUCGCUCUCGAAGUCGCAAACGUCACGGUACGCUACGCGGAUAUCUGCGACCUCGAAGUCUCUGUGCAGGCGGGAGUAGGCUGGAACGGCAGCAAUCCUGUCAAGACUGUCCAAGGUCAUCGCACUGGCCUGAGGGAGCGUCGGGAACCAUUCGUCUACGUGAGCAUUCGCAACGUCAAGCUGUCAGCUUGCAACAUGUCUCAGGACCCCGCCGUCCGCAUGGCAGGGCCCAUGUUAUUCAAAGCAUCCAUCGCGCUCGAGAGGGCUAUACGUUUUCUCGCCAGCUCGCACGUCUCGGCUGCGCAACCUUUUAUCGAUGCAGCAAUCACAUUCCCUUGUGCUCGUUAUACUGCCGAGCGCGCCGGACUUCACAUCGAUAUGCUUCAGCUCGAGGAUCUUCUGAGCGCCCUCAAGGCAAUCAGACCAGCUCAGCCUGAUCCAGAAGAGUCGCUGUCAUCGAGACGCAGCAGUACAACGUCGAUCGAUAGCAAGCUGAGCAUUACGCCCCGUGAAUCUUCAGAGCCUGCCAAACUGCUGCAAAUUUUGCGCUCCUUCCAAUUCACGAUGCCAUUGGUCAGAUGCACACUUGGGCAGCCUAACCUCACAGCGCCGACAAGCCUCGUCCCGCGUUUGCAGCUGCACACAAUCCAUGUCGGCGUCCUCUUGGGCGAAGAUUCUGCCGAGCACCAGAAGCAUUACGCCUGGAUCGGCAGAGAUCGCCUGAUCCCUCUGACGUUGACUGCUGGCUUCGAAAGCGCCUCCCUCGACCUACUGCCGAUGGAAGAGCCGGCUCGAAAAGACAUUGAGCGACUCAAACUCGAUAGAGUUGCUCUGCAUGUUACUUCGACAUGGUUACCACCUUCUCUGCAAGCUGCAGGCAUCGACGAUAUCGGUCAUAUCGUGUGCGAGGGUGCGGUGGGCAAGUUGAAUGGCGACAUCACGUAUGAAGAGUUGGAUGCGUUAUUACAGCACGUACGUAAUGUGCCCAGAGCUCCUCAUCGAUCUCGUCAGCCCAAAGGGCCGCCACCGAAGCCUCUCAUCGAGCUCCCCACUUUGCCGUGCAUCGCGAUGGGGCUCAAUGUCGAGCCCGGCUGCGUGCUCAUGCGUGGACCGAAGCGUGCCGUGAUGGCUCACUGGGGCCCUGGCGAAGACGAUGCGGGGACAUCAAAGGGCUGGCAUGGCUCCAAGCCCGUGGCUUUGCAUUACGCGGGACUGAGCUUACAGAUCGAUUCAAGCUCUCGUGACCAUAUCGUGCGGUUGACAGAGCGCCAACGUAGGGUCUUACGACAAGAAGCCCGCCGCGGCGGAGUCAAAGCACCUCGGAUACUGUUUGCGGAAUCGCUAGAAGCGUACAAAGAGGACCAGACUGAAGAGAACCCAUCGGACGACGUCGUCCUCGGAUCGGACGAUUCAGGCGAUAUGGACGUCAAACACAAAAACAGGAGAGGAGAGCUUGGCUCGCAAGAUCCAGACAAACCAGAUCAUCAAGCGGUGUGCACCGCGACUCUGAUCUUCCAGAUCGGCGAGAUCUCGCUGCAGAUAGAGGAUGGCGACGAACGCGGCAAACAUUCUGCUCAAGCUAUGAUCACACGUCUCAUAACUAUCGGACCUAUCUCGGCAUCAGGCAGCAUCAACUCAGACUUUGACUAUCACCUAGCGACGCCUCUGACAGCUACCUAUGUACGAUCGAGUCUACAAGGCCACUUCGAUGUCAGCGUUUACGCAUUCGGCAUCGACGCUUGGAAGCCUAGUGCCCUCGCCGCACUAGAAGGGCUCAUCAUUGUGGGCACAGCAACCUCGGAAGCUAGACCUGUCAGUCCAGUGCAAGCCGAGAUUGCUCUGCAGCCCGAGGAAGCCGAGCAGCAUGUUACACUAGUCAAUAAGCUUCCUCGGAACAUUGGUCUUUCACUGUGUAUCGGCAAUAUCGCGCUCCGUAUCGCCGGACCAGAUCCACACAAUGACCCGCACGUGCCUCGGGGCGCGACAGUAGCGGCACAGAAUUUAUCGGUCCACUUUAUUUUGCAGACGCACAUGCGGAUCCUCAAUUAUCCCCUCAGGCAGCGAUUGCAGCUCUCAGACGACAUCUCUCUCCAGGCUAAUUCUUUGCUGACCCGGAAUGCGAAGAGUCGCAAUGCGCUUGUUCUCGUUACAGCAAAAGAGCUUCGCUUGGAGCCCGUAGCCGAUGCCCGAGAGAACUCUCGACCUUCCCGUGGCAUGACGCAAGAUGAUAGCCCAGCUGCGCCAACCCGUGCAGAAUGGGAGCUGCGCAACCGCGAGAUCCUCGUAGAGGGUCAUCGUCGAGCACAGCCGACAAGUCAAUCGGCGCAGCCCAUGGGCAACGACAUUUUCUACGUGCCAGCGUUUGCGACGCGGAUUACGAUCAGCGAUCGAAAGAAUCCGACUGAAGAUGAUCAGCGGCAAGAUGAAAUUGUCGUUGCUGUCGAAGCGGGGUACGCACGUAUGCGUGUCGACGUCUUCCACGUCUACUGCGCUUUACUUGCAGUGUCGACUGUUCGCGGCAUCUUGGAAACUAUACCGAAAACGUCACCUGCAGUGGAGCUGACACCAAAGUCGGCUGGUUCUAAGCCAGCGAUUCACGCCCGAAUCAACUUAUCAGACGUCCAUCUCUUGAUCAAGUUGCCCAGGAACGUCAGGCUAUUUCUGGCAGCGAGACGCGUUGAGCUUCACGUUCCUGAAGGCGGCAGAAGUGUCAAGGUGCUGGUAAACCGCGCUGUCCUUGCGGUCGAAUCUCCAACCGUCUUUGGUGCAUGGGAUGAUUUUGCCCGAAUUCGUGCAGUACGAUUCGAAUGGGGACCCGUUGCAAAUAAUGAUGGCUGGCAUACGUCUGCGCUGGUUGUCGAUGGCGAUGCCAUGCGUCUGCGUAUCCCAUUUAAAUAUGUGAUCUCAAGAAUCAUCGACAAUGUCGCGACACUUAUCAAAGCGACCAAGCAGCUGAUUGCGCAGUUUGUCAAGGGCAACUUCCAAUCUGCAAUCGAACCGAAGCCAGAGGGGCCGAAAAGACUGCCACAGAUCGCGAUCAGCUUCAAGAUCUUUGCAAUGGAAGCGCAAGACGAUCCUUUCGAGACACGGCUCAAUAUCAUUUGGCGAGCUGGCCACGAGGAGCAGCUUGAGCGUCUGGCAAGGGAAGGUGCAUUGCGCGAGCGGAUCCAGGCUCAAGAAUCAGAACUGGGUCGCCAAGCAGGCUACGCCAGCUCUGAUUCUCUAGAUAGCAGCGACAGCAGACCAAGCAGAGAUAGCACUAAGCUGUUCGACCCCGAUAAGGCGUUCCGCGCGCUACAAACCUUCAAUUCCACUAAUUGGGCCAAACGCAUGCGUAACGCUCGCUCCGCACAAUCCCGCAGGGAGGAAAACUUGCUGCGACGGCUUUACGACGCGAAUCCGAACAAGCUCAUCGACCACACUUUGCCAAUUAAUCUGCUCGCCCAGCCCAGGGCUGCACCACUGCUGCGCGCAACUUUCCAUUUCAUUGACAUGAAGAUCAUCAAACAUUCGUAUGGCGAAGACAAACUUCCAAAGUUCCUUCACGAGGCAGGCAAAGGACUGCCAGAGGACACUGAAUUCGUCCUGCUCGUACCGUUCCAUCUCUCGUGGAAUAUGUCAGAGGCGCGCGUCAAUUUGCGCGAUUAUCCGUUGCCUCUUGCCCAUAUUCCGCGAUCAGGCAAAGAAGGUGUCAAGGCUUGGCGAUUGGAGACAGACUUUGUCAUUGGCGAAGAAUUCCCGGAAAACGCAUCUAUAAGACGAGUGCCUUGCGAAAUCGUUGCGCCAGGCUCUCACCAGCCAAUCAGCAAAGGAUAUUUCAUCCAGGUACCCCGCACAGCCAUGCCGACAAAGACCUACGCUGUACCCACAAUCAAGUUGUCAUCUGGACAGCCGAUUCGCUUCGGCUGGGGCAACUCACUCUCACCUGCCAUACAGGAUGUAACGCGCAUUGCGGACACGGUCACGAAGCCAACGCCGGAUCCGUCAGACCGGAUCGGCUUUUGGGACAAGAUCCGACUAAUAUUACACUGGAAAGUUAAGGUCCUCUUCGUCGACAAUGGCGACGUCUGCUUGCACCUCAAAGGUGGUCGUGACCCGUACUCUUUGACUGGCUUUGGCGCUGGGUUCGUGCUCGUCUGGCGACGACAGGUACGCUUCACGCUCGGCCACGAGAACCCAGAACGAGAAUUCUUCCAAGUUAAGAGUUACGACUUUAUUCUCGCCGUGCCUGAUCUGAAGAACUUCGCCGAUUCGGCUGCUACGGGUGCCACACGCGAAAAGGCUGUCGAAUCGCCGAAAGGAUCCGACGAUGCUGAUAGCGAUUCUGAACAAGUAGCAUAUUCUUACGAUGCUCGGCACCGUGCCAUGGAUGCCGAUAUGGCUCAGCAAAACGGUCAAAUGACAGAAUUUACCAAAGUCUGUGCAAAAUUCAUCAAUGGGGUGCGAUGGGGCAUGGGUAUGGUCAUGGAGCGUACAUGUACGCCUCACGAUUGCUCCCAAUGCGAAGGUUCACCCUUUCAUCGUCAAUGUCGCCACUUUGACUUUAUACCCCACUGGCGAGUGAAGACGCGUGCCGCCGAUAAGAUCGAACGACGAAAAGAUGGCUCGAUCAUCGAUUCAUUCGGCGGCUUCCGAUCAGACUUUGUUCAUUUUUCGCUGUCUAUCGUCUCGCCUAUGAACACUAUGGAGAACGCCAAUGAUCCACGACUGGGGUACAACAGUAUGCAUCUGACCCCACAAGGCUUCACACACUUCUGGGCAUGGUGGGGCCUAUUCGAGAGCGCCAUGUCGCUGCCAAUCCGUCAGGGAAAGCUCUUCCCGACGGCGGCAGAGCCUUCUAAGAAAUUUGGGAAACAUUGUGCAACUAUCAAAUAUCGAUUUAGUUUUGCGCCCAUCUUCAUCGCACACACUUACCGCCAGGAGCCUUGGGCAGAAUGGAGCAAAGGUCAGACGACAAUUCUUGGUGUCAAAGGUAAGAUCGGUCGCUUCAACGCAGAUUUACAUCAGCGCGAACAAGAAGAGAAGGUGUGGCGAGAGGACUUGCAAGAAACAAGAACGGCCCUGCACAAGGCUUUCUUCCAGGCAGAGGUCGACUGUAGUGAUGUCGAUCUGCGAGCGAUCUCUGCCCGCUUCGAUGAUCCGUUGAAGCAAGGCAUCGUGCCCGAGGAUGCCAGCGAGGACCUUGAGGACGUGUUUAAGCAAGACGCUGGUCAAGGCGUAGAUGGCAAGGACCGUAUCUGGCUCGAUCUGGACGAUUUCGAAGACGUCAAUUAUGCGUUGCCGCCGGAUUCGGCGCCUGGCGUCCGCUUGCUGCGAACUCUCGCGUGCCCACGAUUGACUUAUUAUCGCAAGCCCCCAAACGCUGAGCAGACGCAACCCAAGAACAAGCAGCACAGCGAGCUUACUGCUGACAAGUCACGCACAAGUCAAGACACGGCCAGCGAGUCUGAAGACUCUGACGAUCGCGGUCAUACUCUUGCGACUUCGAAGUUUGGCAGCGAACCCUCACACAAGUGUCUCGUUGGCCGAGCAGAUGGUGCUAUCGAUGUGCAAAUUCAGGAAGCUGCGAAUCGAUUGCAGGCUCUGCAGGACGAGUCGAAGGUCUGUCGAAAGCUAUUGAAAAAGUUAUCAGCGACCGAUCCAGCGCACCAAGUGCAGUCAGACAAGCUGAUCGAGCUUCUCAAACGCGAAGACUCGAUGAAUGUCCUGAUCAAACGCAUGUCUGAUGUCAAAGAUAGCAUGUUCUCGAAGCACAAGGCCAAUGGGCAUCAUGCCUCGCAGGAUUCCAGCAUGCCGGCAGAUAACGGUGAUCUCGGUCAGGGACCACCUUGGGAAGAGGCGACGAUGCCGCAAAGCAGUGGUCAUAGCUCAGAAAAUGACUACUAUCAAUCGCGAUCCGCAACGACCUUUGACGACUGGGAUCGAUGGACUAACCGAUUCAUGGUGCACAAUCCGGUGUUAUUCAUCUCCAACUCAACGCGUGACGUCCUGCUCAAGUAUUACUAUAGCUCGCGCCAACGCAAAGGAUUCACUUAUCACAUGACGGCGCGAGCGCUGAGAUUCAUCCGCGACCUCAUGGACCGUCAUCAGCCGGAGAGACCAGCGCACAAUCGCCGGAAAUCAAGGGCGCAGGGCAGACACUCAGCUGCUCACGUGCCAACAGAGGACGACAAUCACGUAGACGCCGAGGCGGCACAUAUGAUAAGUCAAUUGCUUGGUAAUGACCAAGCAGACACAGGCUACCAGGUCGGCACACGCCAUCAGCUAAAGAACGUCAACGCGGAAGAAGACGCCGCGGAAGGCUUGCUGGACGCGUACAGUCUCGACAACAGCUAUCUGAUUAUGCUGCUCAAGCCGCAGAUUGCGCUCAGCAGCGAGCUAGACACCGCGUCUACAAUUGUCCUGACAGCCUUCAGAGCUCAGGCUAAAGUCUUUUCAGUGCUUGAUGAAGCGCAUCAAGACGAUCCUAUAAAUUCACAUGUCAUGCACCGAAGCUACGUUACGCUUGACGGCGUGCAAGUCUUCCAUCCAGUCGAUGGGCGCCAUCCAAUAACAUCCGCAAAAGGCGCGCUGUUCGUGCCUCUGGAAGUUCUUAUCGACAAGAAGCUCGAGCCGUGGGGUUUCGAUCGCAUUCUGCCUGUCACCAGUGCGGUCAUGCGAUACGACAAAUUCAAUCAGCUGCGCAUGGGCAAAAUUGGUGUCUCUGACAGCGCAGACACGAGCGAACGCAUGCGCAGUGGUCACGACAGUGUCACUGUCGAGUUUGACAAGCUCGCCGUGACGGCCAAUCCCGAUCAAUUUGCGGCGCUUUACAACGUCGUCACUGAUCUCUGCCUAUAUUCUGAUCCUGCGCAUAAGCAACAUUCCGAAAAGCUAGAGGCACUUCUCUUCACCCAUGAUUUCUCCGACCUUGCGGGCAUGACCGAUCUUGUCGAAGACUUACAGCUGCGUAUCCGUGAGAAAUUUGACGUCCUGGCGUCGUACAUCGAAGUUCUCAACGAGCUCGAAGACUAUGAGAUCCGAGAAUUUUACACGACGAAAGCCGAGACGCUUCGACUGGCUGGCGAGCUCAAUAUUCUAAUCAAUGCCAUCACUGCCUCGCAAGACUCAACGCCCAAUACGAAAGACGAGAAAAAGGGCACAAAGGGCAUUCAAUUCGAUGCGCGAGCUUCAGAGCUUACAUGGGCAAUGAUCGAUCCUGAGUCAAAUCCUUUUGCAAAGUGGUCUGUCCGCGGCGUUGCUUUCAGCUGGCUUAGCAAGCGCGAUAGCACAGUCUCGAACCGGCUCGUGAUCACAGACGUUAUCGGGCUUAAUCCAAACCCAUCUCAUCUGUUCCCGGAAAUUAUCAGUAAGUACAGAACAGACGGCGCAAGUGAUAAUCCUCUGGUGCAAAAGGACCUCUUCAUGGUUGUGCUAUGGAACACGCUCGCGCCGGUAGGCGGCAUAUCGAUCAUCGAAGGUUUGGAAGUACGGAUUCAUCCCAUUCGACUCAAUAUCGAGCAUAAAUUGGGACGCAAGAUCAUGGACUACAUUUUCGCGCAGCGGCGCAAAGUCAAGGAGAUUAGCCAGGGCGAGCACACGAUAGCGCCAGAAGACGACGAGCCGGACGAAGAAAAUGAGCGCGAUCGAUUGCUGCUCGAAGGAAAUCGCUCAUCGAUGUCGUUGCACUCAAAUGCGAGCUCUGAUGACGUCUUUGCGAAAGGUCGCCAAUCGGAAUCUCGCGCUCGCAGCUACACGCUCUCCUCCACAAAUUCCAUGCCAGCUGAUAGUCAUCCACCGACACCAGCGCUGGCAGAAUUCUCGAAGCCUCAUCUUGGUCGCGUCAUGUCGGCCACCUUUCUGUCGAGAGAUCUGAUUGAUGAUGCGCUCGAUGCUGACGAGAUGAAGUCACGGGCUUCUCAGAACCGCGUCUUCAUUCGCGUCGAGGUCGCGCCAACAAUCCUGUGUCUCUCCUACAAGGGUCAGAAAGAUUCUCCAUUGGUCGACAUGUACGAUUUGAUUUGGAAAGCGCCCGACCUGCACCGUCGGAACGUCGUCCUCUCCUAUCUGGAGUUGAUGAACGCCUUCAAAAAGGACAUUACACGCUCGAUCUGGAGCCAAUCCGGUUCGCUGCUAGGUCAGAUCUUGACCUCUGCUGCCCGCAAGCCAAGACAUCUGAAGGAUCAGCUUCGCGAUUAUGCUGUUCGAGACCGCCGUCAGACCAGCGAUCCUCAAACCAAGGGUAUCGUUAGCAGGUUGCGUAUCUUGUCGGGCACCAACCGCGCAAAAGCAUCUUCACUGCCGCCAUUUGACGGAGACACACUGAGCUCUGCCUCCAAGGAUUCACCCAUCGCUUCCAGCGACUCCUCGAGCCCGAACAGCGGUCGCGCUUCAGUCCUCGAUGAUGAGCACGGGCAAGCGUCGGAAGUUUCGAGCGCGCACGCGAAUGGCAAGGCAACGAAUGGUAAAAGCCACACCAAAUCCCUCUCGACAAGCUCGGUAUCGGCAGACAUGCUCGAUGAGAUGGAGGGACCCGCGCCAGAUUUGGGUCUCCAGCGGACGGCGUCGCCCUUGCCUCUUGCUGAGGGAUCGCCGGACCCGGAAGAUGACGAUGGAGACGAAGAAGAGCAGCGCCGGAUCGAUGAGAUUGCGGUCUCGCCCUGCGUCGGGUCGAGUCCAUCCCGUGACGGCUGGAGUCGAUAUGCGAUGACGGAAGACUCACAAGGCGGGUUGCGACGGUUGAGCCAUGCAACGUCGGAGGACUCGGGCGGUACACGCUCGACUGGCUCGCCCGGAUCAACUCAUCGACGCAGCUCUGUGCUCGCCAACAUCGAGAAGCACCUACCAUCACCUCCGGCCAGUCCCCUGGCUAGUCCCAAAUCGGCAGGACAGAACGAUGCAGCCAAGCGCCGCUUAAUACUGGGCAAAAGCGCUCAGAUGCACUCAUGA